ACUAAAUUUUGAAAAAUUAAUUGAAUAUAAAAAAUUUUCUUGUUUAUGAGUCCUUUUUAGGUUGUGCUGUCUUAGAACAAUCUCAUAAUAAGUAAAACUUGAAUGAUAUCUUGGCAUAAAGUUUGUGACAAAUAUGUCUUGUGAUGCUAAUCACCUUUCAUUUGACAGAAAGUAUAAUUGAGUCUUGAAUUUUCUUUCUUCUCAUCUAUUUUGUUGUAGUCUAAUGGAGAACCAGUGGAUGGAGAUUUUAAUAUGGAAGAGGUGGUUGCUUCUCACCCUUUCUUUUAGAUUCUUCUUUUUGCUUCCCCCUGCCUCCCUCUCUUUUUUGGCAUGAUUAGUGUUGCUUCUUUCCAGCUUCCUCUAAACUGUUUAGUGGUUAUUUGGUGAUGGGAGGGAGUGCAUGCUAGUUUCAUUCGUAGUAUUGUUAGGCAUUCGGACAAUCUGAUUGCAAGAGAGCAUGAUAUUGGACUUUGAUGUUAUGUUUCACAGGCAAAUGAGCCAAACUUUCUUAAGACUAAAAACCUAGUAUGUGGAAACAUAGAGUUGGUAGUUGAUUCAGUUAAAACCCCAUGCCGAAACAAAGAGUACGGAUGCACUGAAACUGUGGAUCGUUUAAGGAACAAUGACCAUGAAGAAACAUGUAGCUAUCAACCGUGCGCAUGCCCACUUACCAAUUGCAACUUCAUUGACUCAUCCGAACAGUUGUCACUACACUUCAGCAGCAAGCAUUGGGAUUCCGGAAGGGUUUUUAGGUACAAUAUUCCUUUGUCUGUCUCCUUGGCAAUGGAUGCACAAUUCCUUGUUCUUCAAGCAGAGGAGGAUGGUAUUCUCUUCAUCCUCAACAAAGGUGUUGUUGAAACUGUUGGGAAUACUGUCAUGAUAACUUGCAUUGCACCGAGUUCAUCCAAAGAAAAGUUCUUGUAUGAUCUUGUAUCAGGAAGAGGCAUCAGUUCACUCAGGCUAAAAUCAAUGACUGAGAAUUUUCCAGGGCGAGUAGAAGGUUUUCCUCCCAUGGAUUUUCUUCUUGUCCCUUUUCGUUUCCUUGGUCCUUCUGGAGAGCUUAACUUAGAAGUUUGUAUAUGGAACUCAACAGAACUUGGUGAAGAUUGCCAGUGAUUUUUAUUCUUGUAAACUGCCUAGUUUACAUGUAAAACAGAUAAUUCAAUUCUCUCUUUCAAUCUUUAAAUUUUGUCUUAUAAAUAAAUUUAGAUCCUUAUU